AUGGAGCGGUUCAUCCGAUACCUGGAGGUGAACUUCGCUAUCCUAUGCUGCUUCUUUUCGGGAAUCCAGACCUUGGGCAAGCUGCCGCAUGAGCUGUGGAGCAGCACCGAGUCCGGUGUGGUGGUCGUUUCGAAGAAGCUGAGAGAGGAGUAUAGUGAGAAGGUCGAGGCGGUUGCACAAGCCAUCCGACAGAGAGGGCCUCCUCCGAAGGGUGGGCUCUCUACUCAUUCAUUGCUGGUGAUGCAUCGCUUGCUGUGGAUUGGCACAGCAUUGGCCAGCAGCGACAUGAGGCUUUUCAUUGCUGUAGGUUUGCUGCAAUUCGUUGCUGCGCCAUAUUCCCUGGUCUGCUCAUUCAUGCUCUUUCUGAUGCACUUCUGCACCAUGUGCCUUGGGCACCUGGCAUCUGGGUUGGCUCUGAGCGUCAUCCCACUGCCCCACUGCUUCAGCGUGGAGAUCGGUGGCACAUUGAUCGGUAUUGUACUCUUGCUCGACUUCGCGGCGACAGCAUACUAUGCCUUUUGGGCCUGUUCCGAUGGCCUGCCGAGGAAGCUACCCUUGCGAGAGACACUCUACCACAUGAUCUACGGCACCUUCCAGGCCAAAGCAUACAUCUUGCUUGUUCUCGUCAUGUGCCGUGGUCAACGGCUAAACCUCGCCUGGCUGGCAUUGGAUGCCGUGGCGGGCAUCUCACCACUGAUCAACAACUUUAUGCAGCGCACGGUACUGUCUUGGGAGAGUCUCUUUUAUCACAUUCAUCGGAUGGAACACCUUCCGGGUGUGUACGAGCAUGCGCACCGCUUGCACCACUACCUUCCAGAUGGGACCGCCUGGGAUGCCCAUGUCCACAGCGGCGCCGGCUUCCCAGAAGAGUGGUUCUACCUGAUGCACGACAUUUUCCUGGUGCGAGUUCUGGGGCUCCCUCCGCCCUUCAUGACUUACCGGCUCCUGAAGUACCAGCUGGGAAACAAAGACGGCCACCAGCGCCGUGUGGAGCCUUACCAGGUAGAGCAGUACCAUCAGGAUCAUCACCUCUUCCAUCGGAAAAACUUUGGUUUCAACAGGCCUUGCUUGGACAUGAUCUUCGAUACAUACAAGCCCACAACGAAGAAGCACUUACAGGUUAACGGAGCGAUCUACUUAAAGGAGGAGACGUCCGAGAACAUCAUGAUUCACAUCAAGGUAGUCGACCGCAAGCUUCUUUUCCAAAGUUCACAGAGACCGGCAGCGUGGCAGAAGCCGCUUCGAGAGCUCAUGAACUUCCUCUGGCACUUUCAUUGA